AUGGAGGUUUUAUACUUCAACUCCUCCGUGCUCUACGUCUCCCACAGACCUCAAAACGUCAGCGGCCCUGAGCAGACCAUCUACCACAGCUGCAGGGGCAUGCCGGCCGUUCUCAUCUGGUACCUGGCUCUGCAGUUCACCAACAUGUUCCUGGGCAUCCCGGCCAACAUCAUGGUGCUGUGGCUCAUCCACAAGAACAGCAGGGACUCCUCCACCUCCGACAUCUUCAUCAUCCACCUGGCCGUUUUGGACGUCCUCUUCUGCCUCAUCCCUCCUCUGGAGCUGGCCAACAUCGUCUUCCUCACCACCAGCAGCACCUGGUACGUCCUCCGCUUCUUCUACGGCAUCAAGGACACCUCGCCGCUGCUGCUGUCCUGCAUCUGCCUGGACCGCUACGUGGCCGUGCUCCACCCCCUGGCCUUCGCCGAGCUCAAGGACCGCCGGCACAGAGCCGUCCUGGUCGGCGCGGUCUGGCUGGUCAUCCUGGCCUACGCCGCCGCCAAGUGCGUGGGCACCAUCGUCCACUUCGACAGGGUCUUCACGGCCAUGAUCCUGGCGGCGUUCGCCUUCAUGGUGUUCUGCAACAUCGCCAUCCUGUGGGCCCUGCGGCAGUCGGGGCCCGGCAGGGACGAGAUGCACCCGGUGAAGAGGAGGGCCUUCAAGAUGGUCCUCAUCAUCCUGGCCAUCAUCGUGUUUAACUACUUCCCCCCCGUGGCGCUUUUUCCCUUCCAGAGCUACUUUUCUCCCGCCGUGUUCCGCUGCUACGUUCACUACGUGGCGUUCGGCCUGAUGGACUUCAGCAGCACCAUUCAGCCCGUGCUUUACCUGUCCAAAGAGAGGCUGACCUGGAGGCCCAGCUGCUGCCAGACCAGCGAGAGUCAAACCCAGUAG